UUGUUUUUCUCGGCCUCAGACGCAGAAGUGAUUAUUCCGUCACCUCCCAGUAUUUAUAUCGGUCUUUUAUCCUGUGCUGCUUAUUAACCAACAGAACUCAUGGCUUAACAAGCGUUUUAUCCACUAAUCCAUCAGAUGAGGAUGAAGAUGAUCUCCCUGCUGCUCCUCAUCCUCAGCUCAUGUCUCUGUGCAGCAACAUUUGUAGUGAAUGUGACCCAGAGCAGCUAUGAGGCCGAGGAGAACCAGAACAUCACUCUGGAGUGGACCUUCACCUCCAGGACUCAGGGAUCCUACAGGGAACUGUUCAUCUACUGUGAAGCGAUCACGGAUCAUGGAGUCUUUGUUAUCUAUCACAUGCAUAAAGGUGUUGAGAUUCCAGCAUCUCAGGAUGAUCAGUUUUCAGGACGAGUCCAGAUUGACAAAGACGUCCUCAGAGAAGGACGAAUCAGACUCCAUGUGUCCAGACUGAGGACUGAAGACUCUGGUCUGUAUCUGUGUGACGUGAUGACAGAUUAUGGAUUCAACUCUGGAAGAUGUCGACUCAAAGUUACUGCUGCUGAUCAGAUCAAAACUCGGAGACCAACUUUUACUCCAGAACCAGAGAGAGGAGCAAUGAUCAUCAUCAUCAUCGCUCUGACAGUCACAGCAGCAGUAGCAGCAGCAGCAGCAGCUUUUGUCCAGAUCCAGUCCAGGUCAGAGUCCAGUGUCUCUCCUUGGUCUCUGCUGCUGCUGGAAGUGGACCGGUUCACUCUGACCUCUGACCUUUCUGCUCUGUUUCUCUGUCCUGUAGUUCAGAUCUCAGCUGUUCCUGGACAGACCGUCUCUCUGCCAUGCCGACUCCCCAACAACAAACCUGCUGUGGUUGUGAAGUGGACCCGACUGGACCUGGAACCAGAAUAUGUCCUCCUGUUCAGAGACCAGCAGCYGGACCCAGAGAACCAGCAUCCAUCUUUUAGGAAGCGGGUGGAGCUGCAGGACAGACGGAUGGAGGACGGAGACGUGUCUUUGCUUCUGAGCAACGUGACGACCAACGACACGGGAACAUACGAGUGUCGAGGUUUCCAGAGAGAAGCAACCGGCAGGAAGAGACGCACUUUGACCUCUGACCCCAUCGGGGUCGUAUUCCUGGAUGUGGCGCCUCCUACUGAAAACAAGGAGGGAAGAAAAGAAGAUGGAAGCAGCCGUCACCAUUUUGGAGUGGCUAUUGUAGCCGUCAUGAUCGCUGCACUGAUUAUUGGUUUGAUUCUUCAUCUUUAUUUAAAGAAGCAGAAGAUGAACAGAUCACCAAUCCCACAGUGAGGCUUGUGGUUGUUCCAGUUCAGAUCUCCAACCUUCAUCCUCUGGGUCCAACAUCCUCCAUGUUUUAAAUGUGACCUUCAGCUCUAAUGAUUGUAAUAAUUGUAUUAUUUCCUCUGCAGGCCAUCAGGUUCUACAGGGUUUUAAUCACUGAAUCAUUUAUGUCCUAAAGCUGCAGGGCUCUGAGGUCCAGGUUGGGGUCACUGCUCCAGUUGACCUGAGUUUGGUUUCUCCAGCUGUUACAGUUUAUAUGUUGAUGCAGWGAAAGUGAAUUUCAGUAUUUUGAACAAAUMAAUUUAAAGAAGUAGGAACACAUUUAUUAAACAUGUAUGCAGAAAAAAUGGUUUUGCAGCUUAAGAAUCAAUAAUUUUAGCCACUGAAUUUGUUCAAAACGGAGUGAGAAGAAAUUUACACUGUUUUUAUUUUUCGAUUUAAAACAUGUAUAUAUAAUCUAAAACUAU